AUGCGGGACAGUACAGCCUGCAAUCCCAGUGCUAGGAACAAGUUUUCCCAGAAAGGAGACAGCCUUGUUUUCUUCAUCCGACCAAGGAGAGGGAAACUCUGGGACUUUUCAGGGGGUCCUGCGCGCCCGGAAACACGUGUGUGCUCACCUACGUGUACGCACGUGAGCGCACCUACAGCAGCAGGGGGCACUCGGGCCGGCAGGGGGCAGCACAGGCCCGGCGCAGCCCCGGGGGAGGAGGGCGUGCUGCAGUGCCGGCGGCGGCGGCGGCGGCUGGAGGUGCAGCCCUCCCAGGUGGGAGGCGGGGGCUGCGGGCGCAGGAAAAGGCGCCCCGAGAGCGGGCGCUCGGCGGGGGCCUCCUCCGGCCUGGCGCGGCACGAGUGGGAGCGAGCGCGCCGGGAGCACGCAGGCGCUCUGCUCCGGCUGGCCCUCGGCCGGCGGGCGGCGCGGGAGCAGCCCGUAGCCGGGUCCCCCUGCAGCGCUCUUCGGCGGGGACAGCGGCUACGCAGUAGCCUGCACCGACCGCCCGCCCCUUUAAGCGCGCAGCGGCGACAGCAGCGGGACGGUCCCCAGAGCCGAUCGGUGCUGCCCGCCGCGCCCGGGGGCAGCGUGUUCCCGGCCGGCGGCGGGCCCCUGCUCACGGGCGGCGCGGCUGUACACAUCUCCGCCUCUGGAGCGGCCAAGGCCACCCUCUACUGCCGUGUCUUCCUGCUCGACGGAACCGAAGUGAGCGUGGACCUGCCGAAACAUGCCAAAGGCCAGGAUUUGUUCGACCAGAUCGUGUACCACUUGGACCUGGUGGAAACCGAUUAUUUUGGUCUGCAGUUCCUCGACUCCGCCCAGGUCACGCACUGGCUGGACCAUUCGAAACCCAUAAAGAAACAGAUGAAAGUUGGACCUGCUUACGCUUUGCACUUUCGAGUCAAAUACUAUUCUUCGGAGCCAAACAACCUUCGAGAGGAGUUUACAAGGUACCUGUUUGUUUUACAACUCAGGCAUGACAUUCUUUCUGGAAAACUGAAGUGUCCCUAUGAAACGGCUGUGGAACUAGCUGCUCUCUGUCUGCAAGCGGAGCUGGGGGAGUGUGAGCUCCCGGAACACACACCGGAGCUUGUGUCUGAGUUUCGGUUCAUCCCAAAUCAGACAGAAGCCAUGGAAUUCGAUAUCUUCCAGCGAUGGAAAGAGUACAGGGGAAAGAGCCCUGCCCAGGCGGAACUCUCCUAUCUCAACAAAGCAAAGUGGCUGGAGAUGUACGGGGUGGACAUGCACGUCGUCAGGGGAAGAGAUGGCUGUGAAUAUUCUCUUGGACUGACCCCGACAGGCAUAUUAAUCUUUGAAGGAGCUAACAAAAUAGGCUUAUUCUUUUGGCCAAAGAUCACCAAAAUGGACUUUAAAAAGAGCAAACUGACCCUCGUAGUGGUGGAGGAUGACGACCAGGGCCGCGAGCAGGAACACACCUUCGUGUUCAGGCUGGACAGUGCACGCACCUGCAAGCACUUGUGGAAGUGUGCCGUGGAGCACCACGCCUUCUUCCGGCUGCGCACCCCCAGCAACAGCAAGUCCACCAGAUCGGACUUCAUCCGGCUAGGUUCCCGCUUCCGGUUCAGUGGGCGGACAGAAUAUCAAGCUACACACGGCUCCAGAUUGCGAAGGACCAGCACCUUUGAGAGAAGGCCUAGCAAGCGUUACCCAUCCCGGCGGCAUUCCACAUUCAAAGCAAGCAACCCAGUGAUUGCUGCUCAGCUCUGCUCAAAAACAAAUCCUGAAGUCCAUAAUUACCAGCCUCAGUACCAUCCUAACGUCCACCCCAGCCAGCCCCGGUGGCGCCCUCACUCUCCAAAUGUCAGCUACCCGCUCUCCUCCCCAGCACUCAGCCCCACAGAAAGGCUGCCUUUUGGCCUCGAGGAGAAUGGGGGCACACCGUUCGCCCCCAAAGCUUCGGGGAGGCACCACCAUCAGCACCAGCACCACUCCAACUAUGGCCUUUCGCUGACCCUGGAGAAUAAGGAGGGGCCGCUGAGGUCCCCAAACUCCAGCAAGGCCCUCACCAAGCUGAGUCCAGGAGCACCUUCCCUGUACAGCGAGGCAGCCGCCCAUCUGAAGAAGCUGGAGCUGGAGACGGUGAAGACGGCGGGACCCUGGCCUGCCCUGCACAUCAACCUCAACAAGGCUGAGGAAAAGAAAGUUUCUGAGAAGACCCUUCAGACCCCGCUGCUGCCAUCCCCAGUGGCGGAUCACGUGAAGUGUAACAUCCUGAAGGCCCAACUGGAGAAUGCCUCUCGUGUGAGUGCCCAGAUUGGAAAAGAGGAGCCCACCUUUGUAAAUAUCAAUAAGAAAUCAAGCCUUCAGGACACAAACGUAAGAAGCCCCAUUCCUAUACGUGUGGAAACAGCCCAGCCAGCUGUGGAGAAGCCAGAAAUCAAGCCUCCCCGAGUGAGGAAGUUAACAAGACAAUACAGUUUUAACCGCAGUGAUGAAGAUGACCUCCCUCCAGACCUGGCUGAGGCAGUGGGAGCCACCACAGCCACAACCACAAACACCACGAUGUCUGCCACUCAAGCCUCGGUGCCGCUGGCAUCCCCCAAAAUCCAGAAAGUCAGCUCGCCUCAGAAGUCAGAAGUCAAGAGCCCACUGUCUCCAGGGGCCAAGAGUCCCUCUGACCACGGAGGCACCUUUACCUUGGGGCCAGGUGACCUGCUGAUGGAUUUCACAGAAGCCACUCCUCUGGCAGAGCCCGCCAGCAGCCCCCACUGUGCCCACUGUGUCCACUCUCGCUGCUCUCCUCCACUCUCUCUCCCCAUGAAGGAAGAGACCACUGGAGUUUGCAUGUACCCUCCAAUCAAAACGAGGCUGAUAAAAACAUUCCCAGCAGAACCGAUGAUGAACCCGUUUCCUGAUCCCUUCAUCACAGGGCCACAGUUCACUGCAGACUUUAGAGAGAACAAGUUGCAGUGCUGCCCUGGCCAAUCUUCCCCGUUGAUUCCCACCGCGACCCUGCGGCCACUGACAGAGACCGUGUCCACAGUCCAGACCAUCUACACCUCCCGAAAGCCCGUCUCUCUGGCAGCCAGUGCAGAGACGCUCCGGCAAGAACUGGAAAGAGAGAAGAUGAUGAAAAGACUGCUGAUGACCGAACUGUGAAACUCUGCCCUUGUUGCCUGGAGAUGGCACGGUGCCUUCGUUCGCUUCCUUUCCUCGGGCUCGGUGUGCUCACUGUGGUGCGAUCUGUUCGCCCAGGUCUCCAGGGUUAGCGGAAGCCAGCUUCCAGCUUGACUUUGUUGGAAAAGUUAUUUUAUGUCUCCUGAGCAUGAGAGGCUUUUCUAUUGCUCAAUGCAGUGGAGACAGGGUUUGGUAGGAAGUUUCUAGAAGAAAGGGGAUUUCUGCUAAGCGGUACCUGUGUGUAUCUGCUGGUAACCCCAGGGGCUAAAGCAGCACGGAUUCCUCCGCUUGUACUCUCAACUAUGUGACUUUUCUAUGAUCGAAACUUGCACCAAGCUUUGGCUGUUUGUUAAAUGGAUCAUUUUUUAAUGAGAGAAUAAUUCUUUACUGCUGGUUUUUCCAUUUACACUGAUAAAUACACAGAUCUUAUAAAAUCAUUUAUUUUUAUUCAGACAUGAAUAGAUGAAUGGAAAAAAAGGUUUCACAUCACUACAACUGAAAACCAUUCAGUUUAUCCUGAAAUACGAUUGAAUGUGUGAACUCGUUGGAUACAGCAUAAUUUGGGAUAAAAGGAGUUUAUCUUUGAGCCCCAAAUAGGAAAUGCUAAUUAUGUCGUCUACAAAUCUUGACAAGGUCAAGAUGACUCAGUGUCAGGAAGACUCAUCUGACUUUUCCAGAAAGAGAGAUUAUUUCUAAAUUCUAUUUACUCUAACCAUGUUGACAGAAUCUUGCCCAGAAGAAACUUAGCUCCCUUUUUAUAUAUUAAUUUUCAUGAAUUGCAUUUUUAAAUUUUUAUUAUUCACUUGAAUACCUUUGCAGGAAUUAAGGAGCCCCUACCCACAGCUAGCUCUGAAGUUCUUCCUGAUUCUCCCCGAUAUGCUCCGUUUUUACAUAGUUGUGCUCAGCGAGAACAUUCCUUUUGUUAUAUUUCCACCUAACACAAAUCCUUAUUAGACAGAUCCUGCUCUCACCGACUUAAAUGUCUUUAUACCCACACAAACAUGGUUAACCUCACUUCUCCCCAUCAUUAGAUAUUUGAGUUAUAUGCAAAUUUUCACUCUUAUAAAUACUGCUGCUAUGAAUGUCUUUGUAAAAACACAUAAAUAAAUAAAUAUAUACAUAUAUAUAUAUAAAAUCCUUCUCUUGGAUUAUUCCCUUUGGAAUAUCUCCAAAGAGGGAUUACAAGGUCAGAGAGCAUGAAGUAUUUUAUAGCUCUUGUUUUAUAUUGCCAGAUCGCUUUCUAGAAAGAUCCAGUCUUUGGAUUGGAAGGACCUUAAAGGUCAUCUCAUUUAAACUUCCCCUCCUCUGAAUGCUUGAAUCCUCUCUCCAAUUUAUGACGCCACCAGCAAUGUGCAAGCAUUUCUAUUUAUCAAUUGCUCUGCCAAUACUGGGUUUUGCCAUUCUAAUUUAUUUUUUUGCUAGUUUAAUAGAUGUGUAUAGUUAUUCUUGGAAAGCUGUGUUAUUUGAACUGCUAGCAAACUGAACACGUCUGUGCGAUGAGCUACUAGCUGUGUUCCCUUGUGUGCAAACUGUCCACCUCCAUUUCUUAUGACUGCUUGUUCAAUGGGACUGAUCUUGUAUCUUUGUAUCAGAACUGUAUUUUUAUGUUGUAUUGUAGAGUUUGCUCUCUCCCUAUCCCUACAACUGAAUGGUGCCAAUAAUUUGAUACUAAUGACUAUAAAAAUUGCCUCAUUGACUAGCUUUGAUGCAAACGAGGUAUGUAAACAGGGGUUCAGAUAACCAAGAAAUAACUCUUUAAGGACUGACUCUUUACAAUUUUAAUAUUUUUUUGAGGGAACUCUUUCUAAAACGUAUGGCACAUUCUCCUGCCUUAGUGCGCAGAGCAUCCUGGAGGGACUUCCGCCCUUUCCUCAUGAAUCCUGGUCGUCAGUGCACCUUGAUUUGGUACAAAAGAUGUCACCAGGAGCUAUCAACACGUGUGGGACUUGGUGUGGCCUUAUGUAGGCUGUGGCCCUCUUCUCAUUUUUGAUAGCUCUUUAUUGUUGCCUGCUCUAUCAGUGGAACUGUCUGGGGCAAGCACAGUUUCGGAUGGGUGCUUUUCACCCACGCUGCUCCCAGACGUACUAGUAAAACGGGCUUUUGCUGCUCUCGAUCAUGUGCACGUGACACAAACCACGUUUCUGUAGAACCUGGGGUUGCCACCUCCUGCCAAUCCAGCAGCCUCUUCCUCUCCCGAGCUACAUUCUGAGGCAUGCACGCCUCCCCACCUUGCUCUCUGAUGGAAACCUCCAAAACACAAGAAGAGGUUUCUGGAGAGGUCAGGAAACAAGAGUUUCCUACAUACCUGGUUUGCAUUGUUUUUUAAGGAGGACUGCAUGGAGGUUCUGGCUGUUGUUUUCAGGGGGCUUACAGGCUUCUGCCUUGUCUCCAGCUUUUCCCAGGUUCACAGGUGUCUCGGUGGGUUGACAUCACUGCAAGUCUGAGCACAAAUAUGUUGGUUGUUACUGUAUAUGAAAACCCUGUACCAUUGGCAGUUCACCCCAACCAGUAGAAUCCAGAGGAGUGCAUUGCUGCAGUGGUCAUUAUCUUUAGCUGCUUAAAUGUAUAGUUGGGUGCUUGACAUUGGGACCUGAGACUGUGACAUUGCCCUGCCUGAACUCACAAUGACUAUAAGGAGUUGCGUAAUUGUUUACCUUUUUUGUCUACUUUAAGACCCAAACAAUAGCACUAGAAGGUCACAUGACACCCACUGUGGAUUCAAGAGGGCACAGGAGAGUCUGCUAACAUAACCAUUCCAGAGCUGGGCCUCUAAAGUGUGGCCGCAGACUCCUCAAUGAGAAGGUGUGGCGAGUUACUUCAGAGGUCUAGCAACCCUCAACCCAGAGUUGAUGGGGCGUGGACAGCUCAGAUUUCCAGGUGUGAAAAAGGAAGUCAUUUCGCACUUAGAAAUUCCCAUCAGUAUAUAUCCAGAAUUUGAUUUCCAAAGAGCACAGGAAGAUUCUCGAUAUCAUUGUUAACCUUCACCAUUUCAAAGAUCACAGACCUUUAAAGUCCUUGAAUAAAAUCCACCAUUUUAAUGAC